GGAGGAGGAGCUGCGACGUUCCGCUUUAUAAAAGCGCCUCGAUCCCAGAAAUCAAAGCCUCCCUGAAGACAGACAGCUGCGGACUUGAGUGAAGCCUCAGAAACACCCGUUAAACCGGAGCUGCGCGCGCGGACCCCCGGUGUCGCGCUCGUUCUGUCGACCCGGUUUCUGUCAAACGAGAAAACCAGGAGCUGCGCAGCUGGACCGAACGAAGAGGCCCAGAAGGACCAAACUUCGCGAUCGGUGUUUCAUUAAGAAAAACAACAAUGCCGUUUUCCGUUAACGGCGUCCUGUGCGCGCUCGCGCUGCUGCUGCUGUGGCGCGCGGAGGAGCUCGCGGAGGCGUGCAGCUGCGCUCCGGUUCACCCGCAGCAGGCGUUCUGCAACGCCGACGUGGUGAUCCGAGCAAAGGUGGUGGGAGUGAGAGAGGUGAAUUCUGGGAAUGAUGUCUACGGGAACCCCAUCAAGAGGAUCCAGUAUGAGAUCAAACAGAUCAAGAUGUUCAAGGGGCCCACCCGGGACAUGGAGGCGGUCUUCACUGCUCCCAUGUCUGCUGUCUGUGGCGUCACGCUGGAUGUCGACGGCAAGAAGGAGUACCUGAUCUCAGGCAAAGCCGAGGCCGACGGGAGCAUGCACGUGACCCUGUGUGAUUACAUCAUGCUCUGGGACUCCUUGAGCAACACCCAGAAGAAGGGGCUCAGCCAGCGCUACGAGAUGGGCUGCGAAUGCAAGAUUGUGCGCUGCCCCACGCUGCCCUGCGAGAUCUCGGCCCCUGAGGAGUGUCUGUGGACGGACCUGAUGAUCGAGAAGCAGGUGCACGGGCGCCAGGCCAACCACUACGCCUGCGUCAAGAGGUCGGACGGCUCGUGCUCCUGGUACCGCGGCAUCGCGUCGCCCAAGAAGGAGUUCCUGGACACCGACAACCCGUAGUCACGUGGCCCCGCCCACUGCGCCGCCGGCUGGGGAAACGCAUGCAAACGAUUCCAUUGAAAUUAUAGAUAACGUCAUGCAAAGUGAUUUUUGAUUUUAGAAAAUAAAAGGUAAUGUGAGUGAAAUUACCUGCCGGUCUGGAAACAACCUUCAGCCUCUCUUUGUAUUGCAGCUUUACUUGAAGAGGCUCCGAGGUUGUUCUCACACGCGGCCUGUCGUAACAUCAGGAGACAUAGACUGGUCGAGUGAUGAUGUCACUUCCUCCUGAGGCUGGCUUCAGGAGGAAAUAAAAUUCUGGGUGAGACGGGGCACUUCCUGCCCGCUCUCACCAAUCGAUCCCCGAUCAGCUGAUCAUUCGUUACCCAUCGCGUUCCUACUUUUAUUACCUCAUUCUCCAUUUUAUUCCAAAGCCAAAUUCCAAGUUGCCUUUUCUUUAAAUGAUUGUCUCGCUCUCUCUGAACUCUUCUUCUCUGCUGGGAACCGUUUGGCCCAAAACUCAAUUAACUGUUUGCUUCACAAACAUCUCGUCUGGUUUCUUUGGAUGAAACUCGUGUGGUGAUUUGUCGCCUCACUGGACCAGUCUAUACGAGCCCUCUGACUCCCAACCUGCUCCUGAGCUCCAACGCGUCCCAAAUCCAACCUCCUUCACCUCUUGUUCAUCCUCGUUGUCCCCACGAUGUAGCUGUACAGUCCCUAUGCAUUCACGUGUUACUGGAUGAUUAUCAUUUACUGCAUUAGAACUAGAUUUGCACUUUUUGAGGAUGCGUCCAGUAAAGACUGAUGUGACAGAUCCACCUCUGGUGCAGAGUUCUCCUACUUUGUGCUUUUAUUCUUGCUCUCUUUGUCAUAACACAUAGUAUUCUAGUACUAGUCUAUACACACAGAAUAGUACCUGCAAGCAAAGAAAAACCGUGUGAGGCCAUUUAAGGAAUCUUUUUACAGAUCUUAUGUGUGAAAGACAAACAAAAAAAGCGCUUUGUUGGAUGUUAUUUCAGUGUCUUUGUAUUGUCUGUUGAUUGUAAACAGCAGCUUCCUGAUUGGCCAGUAUAUUCUCACAGACCAAUCAUUUCAUCAGAAAUAAGGUCUUUACACGCUUAAUGUUCGCUUUGACUGCUCCUUGAAGUUAUUAAAGAUUUAUCGCCGUUAUAGAAAGCUAAACAAAGUUACCCAAUCCAAGUUUACAGUGCUGUUUUAUACACCUCGAGCUACAUCUACAAAAUACUAUCUAUGUGAUGGAGUAUUAGAGGCAUAAUUUAAAAGUAAACCUUUCCUUUUCCAUUAGAUUUUUGGCAGUGUUCUCAUUAUACCUGUAAUGAUUUUGUUUGUCCUUGGUGAGAAGGUCCUCUUGCGCUGGGGUAACGUGAGGGAGAUUACACCUUAUGGGAAAGGAGUAGAGAGUUCCUUGUGUGAAUAGAAGACUGUGCAUGUGUUUGAUGCUUUGUGUAAGUCCGGCCAAAGGACAAAAUAUUCAGUAUUAUCAAAUAAAAACCACACCUUUUAAAAAGAA